AUGGAGUGUUUGGCCGUUGCUGCCAUAGCCAUGACCCCUGUUCCUAUCGAACCACCCCCAUCACUACCCUUCACAGCCGCUACUUUCGCAGCUAUCAUUUUCCCGGUAGACGAGCCACGACCAAGAAUAAUUCGCGUAGAGUGUCUGGCGUAUAUCGAACCUUCAAGCAGCCUUAUGAACUGGACACCGCGAGUAAAAGAGCAUAUGUUGGCAGGUCCUCAUGAUAGCGUUGGCAGUUUAACGAUUGAGACUGGGAUCAGCGAAGGUGCACCGCUAAGAUAUCCGCUCCAGGUCUUUUUCCUUCGUGGCGGCCCUACGGCACACAUGAUAAAUCAGUCAAUAUAUGCCCUAAGCAAAGGGCAGGCGACGCAAGCGGGCGGCUCCAUCGUUGUCCUCAAAUAUUCCGGGACAAGAAGACAAGGCUACAUCGAUGCUACAUUCAACGACCUUCCCACUCUUGUUUCUUAUUUUAUUCAAAAUUCAGUAAAGCGCCGCUAG